AAACUGGCUGACAGAGCUAAGCUUAGUUGAAAAACAAACGAGCCAUAGAGUGGACGGGCUGACGGACAGACACGCCAAUUAAAGCCUAAUAAAACAGAUAUAAAACGUAAAGGAACGGUUUGGAAAAUAAUACAAAUGAAAUAACAACAAGUUAUUGAAAAAUCAAAUUAAGCACUGAAAAAAUAUAUAUAUAUAUAAUUAAAACUUACUGAAAGUUAAUAACAUUAAGCUUGAAAUUGGCAAUAUUUGUUUGAUGAAAGAAUAAAAAUAACCGCAUUAAUAUUUGGCCAGGCUGAGUUAAUAACAAAUGCACAACGCGUAUUAAUGCCAAGUUUGUUAUACAAAUAUUUUAAGAAAGUCUAUAAACCAGCUUUAUACAAAAUAAUAACAAUAACCAUAAACAUUAUUUGCGAAAGUAUUUUGGAGAGAAAAAAAAUUAAAACAAAUUGUUUAAAUAAAUUUGUUUUCACUCUAAACAAGUGUAUAAAAAGUGUGGUGUUUUAUUUUUUUGGAGGAUAUAAGAAUUUUUAAAUUAAAACAUGGAUGUAGCUUGGCGUUUUCGUAUAAUGAUCUUUACCGCUUUGGCCUUGAUGAUAUUUGGUGAUUUUUUCGGUUAUGGAGGCAUAAUGCGUGGUGUUAAAUCUGAUCCCAAUCAGCAAACUGCGGGGGCUGGCAAAUUUCAACAGAAAAAUGCCGAAAUUGAAAUCAGUGAAGAUGCUGAUUUAACUGAAUUUUCAACAGCUGCUCUGCAACAGAAACGUAUCAAAUCUCAGCUUACAGAUGCCAUUAAAGACUCCUGUCUGCCUAAAAUGUUGUGUGAAAUGGCCUCAAAACCGGAGUAUAUGUUAACGGAAAAAGAAAAGGAUCUUAUGAAUCUAAUAAGAUCUUCGUCCAUGUCUUUGGCUAUGAAUGGUGCUCCCAGCAAAUGGCAUUUUGCCGCUCACAUGGGAGAACUAUUACGUUAUACCGGCGAUGAAUUAAGUGGACCAAUGGGUUGUGCCAAUUUAUGGCCAAAUUGUCCUAUUAGUUCUAAGAAAUUAAUGAAAUUGUCCUACAAAGUGAAACUUUAAAAAUUGUGUUUAACAAAACUUAAAAUGUGAUUUUAUAGAAAACUAU